GACCAAAAUAGUUGAACCACAUACGUUAAGGACCAAUUUUGAUCAUUUUCUCGUCGGCGUGCGCCAAUUGCCAAAACGGCUUCGGCCGACGUGGCUGUACUUUGAAAAGAUCGGUCAAGCAUCAGAGCAACAGUAACGUACAUCCAAAACCCUACUUCAAUCUUCUCUGAAAUUCCUCCUCGUACUUUUAUGCUUCAACCCUAAACCCUUCGUAUAAUGUACGCUAUAGCUCGGUCACGAUUGCGCAUUCCUUCCUUAAUUUCAAGGAAAAAUCGACGCUUUUCAUCAAGCAUUAUCGCAGAUCCUCCUAAGGAACCAAUAAUCUCUUCCUCUAAUCUCCUCAAAGACCAGCCUCCUCCACCUCCACUGCCCGAACCUUCGGCCACCGGAGCCGAGAAGAAUUCAUGGAAUUUUCUCAAGUACAGCCUCGGUGCUGCCUUCACCGGUGGUGUUGCCACUGCUGGUUACGCUACCUACGCAUAUACGUUGGAUGAAGUUGAGGAGAAGACCAAGGCUUUGCGUGCAUCUGCAAACUAUACUGCUGGUGAUAAUGCAUCUGGUGUUGAUAAAUUUCAAGCUUUGCUAUACUCCUCUGCAAUGACAGUGUCUGCCAAGUUAGUUGAGCUUUACCUAGAUCUUAGGCGCCUGACUGAAGAACAAGUUCGAGGUUUUAGUGAACCAAUAUCGGACAAGCUCCUGCCAGAUUUGCAUCCAUUAGAGCAGCAUGUCUUCACCCUUGUUCUUGAUCUGAGUGAGACAUUGGUCUACUCUGACUGGACGCGUGAGAGAGGCUGGAGAACAUUUAAAAGACCCGGGGUUGAGGCUUUUCUGGAACACUUGGCUCAAUGUUAUGAGAUCAUUGUAUAUUCGGACCAACAGAACAUGUAUGUUGAUCCCAUUAUUGAUAGAUUGGAUUCAAAGCAGUGUAUCCGGUAUAGACUAUCAAGGGGUGCAACUAGAUAUGUUGGUGGCAAGCAUUACAGAGACCUCUCCAAGCUGAACAGGGAUCCAUCAAGAAUUAUAUAUGUUAGUGGUAACGCAUUAGAGAGUAGCCUUCAGCCAGAGAAUUGCGUAGAAAUAAAACCAUGGAAAGGAGAUGUGGAAGAUACCACACUUUUGGAUCUUAUUCCUUUUCUUGAAUAUGUUGGAAAGAAUAGGCCAGCUGAUAUUCGAACUGUAUUAGCUUCAUACCAAGGACGUGAUAUCGCAAAGGAGUUUAUUGAACGAUCCAAGGAGCACCACAGGCGUAUGCAAGAGCAGAAGCAGCAUGGUCGUCUAUGGCGUCGCUAGUGCUGAGUGUUACUUUUGGAAGUUUGAAUUCAAAAAGGCUUUCUUCGGAAGAUGAAAACAGUUGACACAAUACAAUAAACUUUAAUCCAUUUUUUGUGUAACUAAAGAAUUCACUUUAAUAAUGUUACUCCUCUAACAACGUGCCUGUAAUCUUUUUGCCAAGCAAUGUCAUUUUUUUCUCAUUUAGUUCCACAGUAAUAAUGGAGAAUGUCUAAAUUUUGUCCAGCGGCAGCUUUAUUCA